UUUCCUUCUGAACUUAGCUGUUAUUUCAAUGACUUUCCCAGACUGGAUGAAGCUGUGUGGACAUGGUCCUAUCUGGAUAAUUUGGAAAGGCUGCUGGCAUCUACAAAGUAUGGGCUGAGGAGUGAUUUCACUGUGGUUCUUCAGACAUCCCUCCAAGAAAAUGUGCCUUUUAUGAAAAGCAGACAAGAAAAAGCCUAUUUCACAGAGAAGACAUCUGUGAAGAUCACAGAGAAGGAGUUUGCUAUGACUGCUCUAGGAGUCGGACUCUGGAACAAUAUGAUGGAACCAGUUGGGCAGAAGCAACCCUAUCAUUUCACUGAAAUCCCUGAGGCACAAUGUCCUUCUCAGGAGCAUCCAUACUUCUUCACCUACAAGAAUAGUAACUAUUCAUCUUUUCCCAUGGAGCUGCUGAUUGAAUCAAAACAGCAGCAAAUGAGCUUUGGCAGUAGGGUUCCAUGUACAGACCGCAGACCUUCAGGCAGAAUUCCUACCUCAGUUCAUAAGUUGAAGCCAGGAGACAUUAAAGUUAUAGGUGCCCUUGGAGACUCACUAACUGCAGGAAAUGGAGCAGGAUCAGGACGAUUAAAUGUUUUAGAUGUUUUAACACAAUACCGAGGCCUUUCAUGGAGUGUUGGUGGAAAUGAGAACAUAAACACAGUCACAACAUUAGCAAAUGUUCUCCGGGAGUUCAAUCCUUCUUUGCGAGGCUUUUCCACUGGCAAAGGAACAGAGACCACAGCAAAUGCCUACUUGAACCAGGCUGUAGCAGGAGCACGCUCAGAAGGUGUUCCAUCUCAGGCCAGAAGACUAAUAGAACUGAUGAAGAAUGAUUCUAACAUAAAUUUCAAUAACGACUGGAAAAUCAUAACGAUCUUCAUAGGAGGAAAUGACUUGUGUGAUCAUUGUAAGGAUCUUGUAAAGCAUUCUCCUCAAAAUUACAUAAACAAUAUAAAGACAGCUCUGGAUAUACUCCAUAAAGAGGUCCCUCGAGCCUUUGUGAACCUGGUGUCAAUUCUUCAUAUUACAGUUCUAAGGAAACUUUAUCAGGAGACAAAAGUUUACUGCCCACGAACGAUUACAAGAACUCUGUGUUCUUGUGUUUUGACCCCUGCUGAUGGUUCCAGUGCAACUGAUGUAAUGGAGGCCUUCAACAAAAGGUACCAGGAGGGAACCCACAACUUAAUCAAUAGUGGAAGAUAUGACACAAAAGAAGAUUUUACUGUGAUUGUGCAGCCAUUUUUGGAAGAAACAGAAAUGCCAAUGACUCCGGACGGAUUGCCAGAUUCCUCAUAUUUUGCCCCAGACUGCUUCCAUUUUCAACAGAAGGCACACUCCCAGGCUGCUCGUGGUCUAUGGAACAACAUGCUGGAACCUGUUGGGGAAAAAACAAAACUGCGAUCAAUCGUACCUGAGAUAACCCUCAAGUGUCCAACUAAGACCCAGCCAUAUUUGAUGACAUACAAAAACAGCAGGACCAUUUCAGAUCACGGAAGCCAGUUGCUAUGUUAUGAUAAAACUGCAUCCAUCAACAGUCCUACUUCAGUGCACAGCCUGAAACCAGCUGAUGUGAAAGUAGUAGCGGCCUUAGGGGACUCCUUCACUGCUGGUAAUGGUGUUGGCUAUACAUCAAAAAACAUAAUGGGUAUGAAUAUACAGUAUCGUGGUCUGUCUUGGAGCAUUGGAGGAGAUGCUACAUUACAGAGUGUCACAACUUUGCCUAAUAUCCUGCGGGAGUUCAACACCCACCUCACUGGUUACUCAACUAGCACGGGUGGCCCAAAUGUUGCGAAUGCCUUUCUUAACCGAGCAGUUACAGAAGCAAAGGCUAGAGAUUUGCCAGAGCAAGCAAAACAACUUGUGAAAUUAAUGAAAAGCGACUCGAGAAUCAACAUUUACACUGACUGGAAGGUCAUAACUAUAUUUAUUGGAGUCAAUGAUCUGUGCGAAUAUUGCAGAAAUGUGAAUCUCUAUUCAGCUGCAAAUUUUGCAAGUUAUGUUAAAGAAGCACUUGACAUUCUUUAUGCAGAGGUGCCUAAAGUGUUCGUUAACCUGGUGGACGUAAUGGACCCUUUGCCCUUGAGACAGCUGUUUCAGGAUACCAGGCUAUCAUGUCCCGGAUAUCUGGCAGAUGCUCUCUGUAUCUGUGUUCUCCCCAUUAAAGAGGGCUCAGCUGUAAUGGUGACGAUGAAAGAAGCAAUCAAAGCCUAUCAGCACAGCCUCCAAAAGUUGGUGGCGAGCAACAUGUAUGAUUCUCGGGAGGAUUUUACAGUCGUAUUGCAGCCUUCCAUCCAGCUCACUGAAUUACCUCGUCUACCAGAUGGGCAGCUAGAUAUUUCCUUCUUUGCACCUGAUUGUUUUCACCUGAGUCAAAAAUCACAUUCCCAGCUUGCCAGGGCCCUCUGGAACGACAUGCUUCGGCCUUUGGACGAAAAAAACAUUUCAGUCAGUCUUGUGGAUAAAAUAACUCUGAGCUGCCCAACUCUGCUCCAGCCCUUCUUUGGAACCUCCAAGAACAGCAUUCGUCCAUCUCCAGAUCCCACCAACGAGCCAAUCGAGAACUGGGGUAGCGACCUAUUGUGCUCUAAACCAGCUCCAUCGAAAAGCAUCCCAAAAUCAGUACACAAACUGGAGCCAGCUGACAUAAAAGUAGUAGCAGCAUUGGGUGAUUCUUUCACGAGUGCCGCAGGAGUGAAAGCAACGGAUUUGAAUGAUCUACAAAUAACAUGGAGAGGGCUUUCCUGGAGCUCUGGAAGUGAUGGAAACUUGGAGAUGCACACAACAUUACCUAAUAUUUUGAAAAUGUUCAAUCCAGAACUCACUGGUUUUUCCACUGGCACCAAGAAGGAAACUGCAGGAUUCAACGUGGCAGAAGACGGGGCAGUAGCACAGAACCUCCCAUCCCAAGCCCAUGAACUGAUAAAGAGAAUGAAAAGCAGUCUGAACAUCGACUAUAAGAAGGACUGGAAGUUAGUCACCAUUUUGAUUGGAGCCAAUGACCUGUGUCAGUAUUGCUACGACAAGGACACCUAUUCAGUGGAAAAAUAUGUACAGCACAUCCAGGACACUCUUGAUAUCUUUUACAAGGAGCUCCCUCGGGUCUUUGUCAACAUGGUACAGAUAAUGGAACUCACUGGAUUGCGUCAGAUAGACAGGGGAGCAUCCGGAUGUGUUCUUUCAGGGGCGAGCCUUUGUCCCUGUUUUUUCAACCCUGCAGAAAAUACCGUUGAACUACAAGAAAUGCAAUGGACAAACAAAAUUUAUCAGGAUAAAACUGCCAUGUUGAUCCUUGGUGACCGUUAUGAAAAACGGGAAGACUUUGCCGUUGUCGUGCAGCCGUUUUUCCAAAAAACCAUUAUGCCACGAACUACCGAUUGGAAACCAGACCUAAGUUUCUUUGCAGUGGAUUGCUUUCAUUUCUCAGAGCGAGGCCAUGCCGAGAUGGCGAUAGCACUCUGGAAUAACAUGCUGGAGCCAGUUGGAGAUAAACAGACAUAUAAUAACUUCACGUAUGGGAGGAAGAGACUCAAGUGUCCAACCCCAGAACAGCCCUUUUUUUUUACGUCAAAAAACAGCAAAACAAAGAGUCCGGAAAAUGAAGCCGGGAGCCACAGUGACGGGGUGGCUUUAUGGUCUGUGAUUGUGGCAGCAGUAGUUGGAACUGCGAUAGGAACCUGCCUGGGUUGGCUUUGGAGAAUCCGCCAACGCCAAAGGUCAACAUCCACAAGCCAUACAACAGCACUUUAAAUAUGCUGCACCAAGGAGAUAGGAAAAAAAACACCUCCCUCCACCAGGAUUGAAGGAGUGCCAACUAUGCAUCAUUACAGCUUUGCACAUGCUGAUUUUAAAUGAACUUUUUCUUAAAGUAAAAGAAGAUCGAACAACCAAGACAUCAUGGUGAUGAGUAACAGACCAGAAUUUAGAGGAUAGGAUUUUAAAGAGUGGAAAAUUAGAGCAAGAACAUUGAAAAUUUAAUCUGGUUUCUCUGAUUUUAAGUAGGGUGAUAUUUUUAUUACAUAAUUUCUGUAACUCGUUCAUGAAGCAUUACAGACUACUGGUGUUCCCCAACAAUUUCUUCAAAUCUUUUUUUUUUAACCUCAGAAAAUCAGGGAAGAAGGAAACUACAAGGCCUUUAGAGCUAUAGCAUUAGAAGAUUUCAAUUUGGAUAUUUGUUAAUGAAACAGAGAUUUUAAGAUUCUAUACUGUGAUUAAAUAUUCAUGUCACAUUCUUCCUAAAAUUGUUAACAUAGUCAGGAGGCUGUCUUAUUAAGUGAUAUUUUUUGAAUAAAUUUAAAAGUGAAUCU